ACUACAAUGCCGGCUGUUCUGACUCACAGACUCUGCAGACUCGGAGAGCAGGAAUGAACUGGAAUAAGGGGGCGUGGCCUGUUCCGUGAUAGUGUGUGACAUCGAUCCAAAAGUUCCAGGUGUGAGGGAUGGAAAGAAUGACCCCUGGUCAUGUGACAGCUCUGCAUCUUCCUCUGACAGUGAGGAUGAUGAAAAAGAAGAAAAAGCUGAAGAAGAAAAGAAGCAAGGGGAAAGGGCUGGAGGGCAGAACCAACACGCACACCCACAGAAAAAAGUCCAGCUCAUCUUCCUCCUCAUCAUCAUCAGACAGUGACAGCAGUGAGGAUGAAAAGAAGAAAAUGAAAAUCAGCGAGACUGCAGAGCCGGGGAUUCUCACAGGUCUGGAGGGAAACACUGAAUUAACUCCUGCAGGAGAAACUAAAGGAGACGAGGAGGAGAAAAAGAAGCAAGACAAAGAUGCAGCUGCAAUCACUUCAGACAGUGAGAAUGAAAAGAAGAAGAAGAAGAAAAAUAAAAAGAAGCAGAAGAAUGAUUCCAGCUCAUCUUCCUCCUCAGACAGUGAGGAUGAUCACAAGAAGAAAAAGAAGCAAAACAAAGAAGGUACAACAGUGCAUGGGUGUGAUUGGAAAUCUGUUUUUAUUCCCACAGAAAAAAAAAAACAUUUAAAAAAAAAAGAUAAUUAUGAUUCACUCUAUUGA